GCUCGCCUUUCCCCCUUGCUGGGCGAGAGGUGUCUAUGGGGCACCCGCUGCCGCCGCCGCUACCGCCACCGUCACCGCCGCCGGGUGCUGUCUCUAUGGCGAGGAGGAGGAGGAGGAGCGCGAGCUCAGCGACACAAGUACAUAAAUAAAGAAUACAAUAUUUUAUGAAACAAAUCUUCAAUCAAGUAUAACAUUUUGAUGCUUGGCAUCUAGACUCCUUUGUGCCCUCACUAUGCCAGCAGCAACUGUAGAUCAUAGCCAAAGAAUUUGUGAAGUUUGGGCUUGCAACUUGGAUGAAGAGAUGAAGAAAAUUCGUCAAGUUAUCCGAAAAUAUAAUUACGUUGCUAUGGAUUUUGGUGUUGAGAAAAACCUUGUCUCAGAGAAGCAAUUGGAAAGUACAGGCAUUUUCCACUCUUUUAAACCAGUUCUUCAAGAAAUAUUUUAGCAUUGGAAUACUUUGAGCUUCCUUUCACCUAUCCUUUGGGAGUUAGAAAUUUAUGAUUUUUCCCCCUUUCUUGGGUAUAGAGACACCGAAUUUCCAGGUGUGGUUGCAAGACCCAUUGGAGAAUUCAGGAGCAAUGCUGACUAUCAAUACCAACUACUGCGGUGUAAUGUAGACUUGUUAAAGAUAAUUCAGCUAGGACUGACAUUUAUGAAUGAGCAAGGAGAAUACCCUCCAGGAACUUCAACAUGGCAGUUUAAUUUUAAAUUUAAUUUGACGGAGGACAUGUAUGCCCAGGACUCUAUAGAGCUACUAACAACAUCUGGUAUCCAGUUUAAAAAACAUGAGGAAGAAGGAAUUGAGACCCAGUACUUCGCAGAACUUCUUAUGACUUCAGGAGUGGUCCUCUGUGAAGGGGUCAAAUGGUUGUCAUUUCACAGCGGUUACGACUUUGGCUAUUUAAUCAAAAUUCUGACCAACUCUAACUUGCCUGAAGAAGAACUUGACUUCUUUGAGAUCCUUAGAUUGUUUUUUCCUGUCAUUUAUGAUGUGAAGUACCUCAUGAAGAGCUGCAAAAAUCUCAAAGGUGGAUUACAGGAGGUGGCAGAACAGUUAGAGCUGGAACGGAUAGGACCACAACAUCAGGCAGGAUCUGAUUCAUUGCUCACAGGAAUGGCCUUUUUCAAAAUGAGAGAAAUGUUCUUUGAAGAUCAUAUUGAUGAUGCCAAAUAUUGUGGUCAUUUGUAUGGCCUUGGUUCUGGUUCAUCCUAUGUACAGAAUGGCACAGGGAAUGCAUAUGAAGAGGAAGCCAACAAGCAGUCAUGACAUGAAAUAGUCCUUUUAUUUUUAUUUCGAGCUACACACAUGCUUGUAUAUAGGUUUUAUCUCUGGUUGAAUCCUUUGAACAGGAGACAGUACCUUUCCCCUGCCCCUUUCAUGGCCCAUUUUAUUGUCUACCUUUCAGUACUAAGUAUGACCGUUCCUAUCUCAGAUCUUAAUAAAAAAAAAUGCAUUCAGGUUAAAUUUGGCCUUAAUAUACUUGUUAGAAAGCGUGUGUGACAGAGAGUGGGGAAAGCUACGUCACUGAAUAUUUUGAUAAACUUUACCUACUUAAGCUGGGUUUAUUUUUCCCUUUUCCUAAAUUAACUAGCACUGACUGUAAUUUAUUUCCCUGUUUCAUGUCUCUCCCUUCCAUUCUGCAGGAGUUUUAGCUAUUUGAGAUUAUGGACCAUCAAUUUUGCACUUUAGAGAGUGAUUCUGACUCAAAACCUCUGUUUUAUCAGAAAUUUUGUUUUUUUCUUGAUCUUAGCUGGAAAAAUGACCAUCUGCCAACUUUACACAGUAUUUACUUGGUUUUGACCCACAGACUAUAGCACAUUCAUUGUGCUGUCAGUUCAGCAAAAUGAAAAAACAAAAGAUAAGAAACUACUGAGGAGCUUAGUAACUGCUGUUUCUGUACGUAGUGUUUAAUCUUCCAAGCACAUCUAGUGUCUGUCAGUUUAUAAUUGGCAUGUGUAGGCUGCUCUGUGACUGAAGAACUUUCAAACCAGCUUUACACCCUUCAGGAAAAAUCCCUUGUGAUUGGAUGUUCAGUAUCUGCCAGUAAACUGGUACUCAAGAUGUUGAAGCUACAGUUAUUUUAUGAUAGCACACUUCCCUUGAUCUGCUUAUUUUUAUUCCAUCACUGUUUACCCUUGUUUUUCUUUUUUUUAUUUUGUAGCCAUACUUAUGAUACUAUUGAUUUGUUGGUUACACAAAUCAAUUUUAUUAAAAUCCAAAGAUAAGUCUUUAAGUAUAUUUUGUACCAAAUUAAAUUAGAAAACAAAAAUUGUGCUUGCUACGAAAGUAAAUAAUGGAGAGAUUUGGUACAAAACAACAAAACCCAAUAUAUAUAUAUAUAUAUUCUCAUAUAUAUAUAUAUACGUAUAUAGCUAAUAAAAUUACCUGAGGAGUGUAAUGCUUGUUUAUUUUUUUGUGUAUAUCUUUGCAAUCUAUUUUAUAUAUAUUGACAAAAGAGACUGUGAAAUAUUUAGUCAUGCAGAAUAUGUGACCAGACCAGAGCAUGUGUAGGAAGACUUUUCAAUAAUCAUUAACUCUACCUUGAAAUGAUGGACUACAAGUUAUAAUGUGUGUUACCUACACUUACAAUCAGUAAUAUUAGCAAAUCUCCAAAUGUUACAUUGGUUUGUCUCCCUUGUACAUUCUUUAUUCAUGAUAUUACAGUGCUGUAACUGGGUGGUCCUUUUUAAACAAAACAUUAUUUGCAAAACAGAGGGUAUUAUUUGUUUUUAAAGCUUUUGUAAAUAAAGGCUUCAAAAAUGUUUUCUUAUAAA